AUCUCAAAAACAAAAAGAAAUAAUUAAAAAAAUUGAAAUCUUAAAUUAUUCUCUCUUGUCCACAGCAGCUACACUACAAUUCGUGGAAGCUAAGAAGACACUAGAAAAAGGUGUCUUUUUUUGUUGCCUUUGCAACAUUUUCCUUGCAAAAGGAACCACCACCAUAUCAUGAGCAUCUCCACCACUGUUUUUUCUGAGCCACUCUUCAACUUCAAACGUUGUCACUACCACAGAUUAGCUACCAUUUCUCAUUCCAAGCUAAAUCAACACACUCUCUCUUCCUCUUUUUUAUUCUCCAGUCAUAAAUAUGAUUCUUGUUCUUGGAUAUUGAAGCCACCCCAUAAGUUUUUCUCUCCAAAGUUUGAAACUUUUGCUACAGAUACAGAUACCCUUGAGUCGAUUCAGUCUUCUGAUGUCAUUUUCAAUCAGACUCAUCCUAUCAACAGAAUCGAACUGGUGGAGGGAAAGAUCUUUGUAAGAUUAGAUCAGGGAAAUGAUUUGAAGAAUUCAGAGCUUAUAGUUGGUUGCAAUCUACCAGGAAAAUGGAUUCUUCAUUGGGGAGUUUCCCGUGCGGAUGAUAUUGGAAGUGAAUGGGAUCAACCUCCCCGUGAUAUGAUACCUGCUGGAUCUAUUCCUAUAAAGGACUAUGCUAUAGAGACACCUUUGAAGAAAUCAUCAUCAUCUGAAGGAGAUACUUUUCAUGAAGUCAGGAUCGGUUUUAAACCAAGCGAUGAAAUUUCAGCAAUUAAUUUUGUUCUCAAGGACGAGGAAACUGGUGCUUGGUAUCAACACAAAGGAAGAGACUUCAAAGUUCCUCUGGUCAACUAUCUUAAGGAGGAUGCUAAUUUACUUGGACCUAAAACAGGCUUAAGUUCGUCGCAAGGGGACAUAGGGCAGAUAUCUAACGUUAUCCUGAAGUCGGAAUCAACCGUCGACAAAGUUCAAGAAAACAGCAGUGAAUCCGAAAGUCCAAAAAAGGAAAAUAGUCAAGUAGAAGGUUUCAAUGUAGAACUAUCUUUAACCAAGGAAGUUACUGUCAAUAACUCUAUCAGUGUCUCCGUUAGAAAAUGCUCCGAAACAGCUAAAUAUCUUUUAGAUUUAGAAACGGAUAUACCGGGAGAUGUUUUCCUUCAUUGGGGAGCUUCUAGAGAUGAUUUAAGAAUUUGGGAAGCUCCACCUGCUCCUCAUCCACCACAAACUGUAUCGUUUAAAAAGACAGCUUUGAGAACUCAAUUAAAGUCAAGAGGCAGUGGAGAGGGAAGUUCAGUACAAGUCUCUCUUGGAGAAGAAUUUUCAGGAUUUCUUUUUGUUCUUAAGAUAAAUCAAAAUACGUGGUUAAAUAACAAUGGAAAUGAUUUUUACGUCCCUCUCCCGACUCCCGGUAGCAUAAUUAUUGGCAACAUAGAGGAUCAAUCAAAAGUCGUGAAGAGUGAAGUGACUGAAGAGACAAGCGAAGAGGAAUCUAACUCUGCAUUUACGAAUGAAAUAAUCAAUGAAAUAAGGAGUUUGGUUACAGGCAUUUCGUCUGUGAAGAGAAGAAAAACAAAAUCUAAAGAAGCACAAGAAACCAUUCUUCAAGAAAUUGAAAGGCUGGCUGCUGAAGCCUACAGUAUUUUCAGAACUUCUGUUCCAACUUUCUCAGAGGAAGUUAUUGUGGAAUCCGAGGUUGCUUUGGAAUCUGAAUCACCUGAGUUGCCACCAAAAAUAUGCUCAGGAACUGGCACGGGGUAUGAAAUAGUAUGCCAAGGGUUUAAUUGGGAAUCUAAUAAAUCUGGAAGAUGGUACAUGGAGCUUAAAGAGAAAGCAGAAGAACUAUCGUCUCUUGGCUUCACUGUGAUUUGGUUACCGCCACCUACAGAUUCUGUUUCACCGGAAGGAUACAUGCCAAGGGAUUUAUAUAAUUUAAAUUCCAGAUAUGGUAACAUUGAAGAACUGAAGGAUGUGGUGAAAACAUUUCAUAAAUUUGGAAUCAAGGUGCUAGGAGAUGCUGUUUUGAAUCACCGUUGUGCCCAACAUCAGAAUCAGAAUGGUAUUUGGAACAUAUUUGGAGGUCGUCUCAACUGGGAUGAUCGAGCAGUUGUAGCCGAUGAUCCACAUUUUCAGGGGCGGGGCAACAAGAGUAGUGGAGAUAAUUUCCAUGCGGCUCCAAACAUUGAUCACUCACAGGACUUUGUGAGAAAGGAUAUCAAAGAAUGGUUAUGCUGGCUAAGGGAUGAAAUUGGAUAUGAUGGGUGGAGGCUUGACUUUGUCAGAGGAUUUUGGGGUGGUUAUGUAAAGGACUACAUGGAUGCAACGAAACCUUACUUUUCCGUGGGAGAGUACUGGGAUUCCCUCAGUUACACGUAUGGUGAAAUGGAUCAUAAUCAAGAUGCACACAGGCAGAGGAUCGUUGACUGGAUUAGUGCUGCCGGUGGUAGUGCUGGUGCAUUUGAUGUUACAACCAAAGGAAUUCUUCACUCUGCAUUGGAAAGAUGUGAAUAUUGGCGCUUGUCAGAUCAGCAGGGAAAACCCCCCGGCGUUCUUGGAUGGUGGCCGUCUCGUGCUGUUACUUUUAUAGAAAACCAUGACACUGGUUCUACACAGGGUCACUGGAGAUUUCCCCGCGAUAAAGAAAUGCAAGGAUAUGCUUACACUCUUACUCACCCAGGAACUCCGUCGGUGUUCUUUGACCACAUUUUCUCUCACUAUAAAAAGGAAAUAGCAGCACUUCUCUCUAUUAGGAAACGGAACGGCAUCAACUGCAGAAGCAAAGUUAAAAUUCACAAGUCAGAAAGGGAUGUUUAUGCCGCUAUCAUAGACGAAAAAGUUGCUAUGAAAAUCGGUCCUGGUCAUUUUGAACCACCUAGUGGUUCACAAAACUGGUCAACAGCUUGGGAAGGAAGAGACUAUAAGAUUUGGGAGGAUGCAUCAUAAUAUAUUUAUUUAUUUUAUAUCUCAUAAGAAGUAUAUAUUAUAUUUCUUUUGAAAAAACCUUAUUGUAUAUCUCAUUGCCUUAUUCAACAAUAAGCUAUUGCAUAUUUGAAUGAUGGUGUCAGGUGUGGCAAGCUACAAUUUAAGUGAGUUUGCUGCACUGAUCCAUCAUAUUAUAGAGAAGGUUGCAGAGGGUUGGUUCAUUACACAGCUAGUGUCUGUGGCUCAUCUGAAACUAGAAAGCCUUCAUUCAAAUCAAUGAUUGAAAUUAAAUUGUGAUUUGUGACAUACUAUGUUUACAAUUUAUGUUGUAUUAGAUUAUUAUGACUCAUAUGUA